GGGGAGGUUUUGUACACGAUCGGCGUGGUCUAACCGGCCAGUUCGUCGAAAACGUUGUACGUCGACGGUGACGACGCUCCGCCGUCGGCUUAUCUGUUUGCGUCCGAUCGAGAUUUCCGUUCAAACGCGUCAGCGAUUCCAAUCGUUUGUCCAUCGCUCGUUACGGAUGUAGGUCUUCGACGGAGAGCGCUCCAGUUGAUGACUUUGGCUUCGGGGAACAACCGAGAGACUUAAUUUCGAUCGAUUUCCGAAAUAAAAUCGAGCCAUUCGAUCCUCUCGACGAGGAUCACGAUCGUGGCAAUUAGCGUCAAAGGGGUUUCUUUCGAUCGGUGGUUACACUGGCAAUCGGCAUGACGAUCUCGGUGGCCGACACCGCCCUGGACAUGGAGAAGAAGGCGAUCGGGCGGUGCGCCCGGCGUAGCCAUCGUCUACGCCUCUGGCUCGCCUGGUUCUACUGCGGCAUCUUCCUGAUCAGCUCCGCCGGUUUCUACGCGUUCUGGUACACGAACGCGUUCAACGACGUCCUACUGUCGCAGCUGCCGCUGCGCAACGGCACCCGCGCCUUCGACUGGUGGCAGCGCCCGCCCUUCACGCUGAAGCACAGGGCUUACAUCUUCAAUUACACGAACGUGGACGAGUUCGAGGCGGGCGAGGCGAACAAGCUGCGCGUCCAGGAGCUCGGUCCCUACGAGUACCGCGAGACGUUGACGCGCACGAACGUCGCGUUGCACGACAACGGCACGGUCACCUACCAGAUCAAGAGGUCCUUCGAGUGGAUCGGCGGCCGACCCGGCAACGACACCGUCGUGGUGCCGAAUGUGCCGUUAAUGUUCGCCACCGCGUACGUGCGGGACCUGAACUUCGCGAUGCGAUUCAUCACUAACACGGUACUGUCGACCCUGCAGGAGAAAUCGUUCAUUAACGAGACUGCCAACGGUUUCCUCUGGGGAUACGACAAUCAUCUCUUUCACCUAAGCAAGCCGCUGAUGAUGCUCGAGCGGGACAUACCCUUCGAGAAGUUUGGCAUGCUGGCCAUAAAAAAAGGUAUCGAUAAGGAUCGCUUUACGGUACACACGGGAUCGCGAGGCAUUGAAAAUAUCGGCGUGAUCGACCGGUUGAACGGGAUGAACACCCGACACGUUUGGGAUGACGAGCGAUGCGAUAAAAUCGAGGGUAGCGACGGCAGCAUGUUCCCACCCCAUUUGAUAGAGGACCCAAGCGAGGCUCUCUGGGUGUAUUCCAAGGAUAUUUGCAGGAAGAUACCUUUCCGUUUUAGUGAAGAAGUGACCACCUUCGACAUACCUUCCUUAAGGUACAAAUUCACCCCCGAUGUGUAUAACUUUUCGGACAAGCAAAACGAGUGCUUCUGCUCGAAAGUACAUGGCAAAAGAGUCUGCCCGCCCUCGGGACUCUUCAACAUGUCCGCGUGCUCUUACGGCUCACCUUUGCUUUCGUCGUUUCCACAUUUUUACGGUGCCGACAAAUCCGUGCUGGAGCAAGUAGAUGGCUUGAAUCCUCGGCAGAAAGACCAUGAGAGUUACAUGGACAUACAUCCGCGCAUAGCGGUUCCUAUGGCCGGCUGGUCGAGAAUACAGGUGAACCUGGAGGUGCGAAAGGCGGUCGGCGUGCCGUUCCUUGGGAAGUUGAAGGACGGCAUAAUCCUUCCGCUCAUCUGGUUCGAGGACGGGGUGGACGAGCUCCCGGAGCAGAUACUGGACGUCCUCCAGAGCGCGCAUUUCACAGCGGCCAACGUGGAAAUGGCCUUGCAAUGGGGCACUCUAAUAACGAUGAUACUCUCCUUGAGCGCCGCGAUCGCCUGCCUCUGGAAAUAUCGCGUGGAACAGGUCGUGGAUGUCCGCAAGCCCUCGUUCAUUCAGAGCAACAUUCUCGAGGUGAUCAAAAGGGAAACCGCUCAGAAAGGAGCAGGGAAAGUUGCCCUAGGCGAAUAAAUAAUGUGCGUCCCUUCAGAAUAAUUACACAGUUAUUAUUUUAAAUAUUUUAAACAUUCUACGCGAGAAAAAAGCAAAGUUUUAACAGAAAACAUCUUUACGCGCAAAAAAAAGCUUAAAAUUGCAUGUGGCGACCGCUUAGUUCGCUUAUGUGGUCGCGCUUGCCCUGAAAGGAGAAACGUCGCGAGUGGAGACCACGUCGCGGUCCGUUCGGGAAAAAUAAACAAGAAUUGGGAUGUCUGGGAGAUAAUUAGAAGGUCUAAUUUUUUAGACGGUUCGAAUUUUUUUAACGCGUCUCUUGGAGAUUUUUUCGCGCUCUUGAGUCGACGUUCGGCUCGAGAUGAAAGAUGUGGAUCGUUAGUUUCUCGUGAAGUUGCACGGGAGAACGAAUCCGGCAUCAAGUAGAGCUCGGUAACGUUAAUAAUAUAAUUGUUGUGCAAUUAAAAUAACGUACGUUACUGGCGAACUAGGUUAAGCAUUUCGAUGCACGUGGAGGAAGUCCGUCAUUGUGAGGAACAAUUUCAACGUGAUAAGAAUUAAUAACUCUCUCGAAGAUAAAAAUCAUGAAAAUGCUCGUCCGUGUGAGAUAUUUUGCUAGCAACGCUUUGCGGUUUAAUGAGGCGUUCACCAAGCGACUUAUUACGGAUCUUACGAAUAAAUAGGGAUGAUGCUUUUGCUUUUGAUUAAUAUACCUAAUAAUGAAUAAUGUAUUUUGGCGAAUAAUAACAUUUCCAUGUUGAUAUCGGUUCGUGAAGUUAAAGAACUUUCUUAAAAACGAAUCAGAAAUAAUUAUCAAGUUUUUAAAUGCUCGCCCUUUUUAUUUGCUCCACUAUGAAAUUAUUUAAGAUCGCGAAUGCGGAUAAUCGAUCCGGGCGAGCGCAAGGUCUACCGAGAAUGCCGGUGGACCAGUAUAUAAUUCCUACAUGACAAGUUGACGCACCGUUGUUGCACCGUGAGAAAAGAGACGGCUGAGGGACACGCCCGCAACACGGCCAAAGCUGUGAUUGAAACUUUAAGUGCAUCGGAAAUAACGUGCAAUCGGUGUAAUUAUGCCGCGGUUGCGAUCCGUCGACGGUUGCGGCAUUCGCAUCUCUCUCGUCGUGUUAUUACCCCGCGGCGGUGUCGCCGACCGCGACGGUGCGUUACGCCGGAGCAGCGUAAUGAACGACCUGUACUUAAUUAAGCGGUACACACGCGACGGCAGUACGUAUUACAUACGACCGUUCAAUUAAACGAGCUCGUUGUCUCGACGGCGAGAUUCGAUAUACAUAGGCUGCUUUAACGUAGAGUGUAAGUUCUUUUUAUCUCAUCUCUGUGGCGGUCCGCCUCUCGAUACUCUCGCGCGGUGUGACUCGCCGCGUACCUUCCUAAUCAUUUCUCUAACUUUAAGUUCGAAAGCGGAGAGAUCGAGGAGACGCGAGUUCUCCAUCAGAAUCGGUAUAGGUAUAUCGGUUAGAUAUAUUGUACAUACAUAUGUGUUAAGAAAUCGUACGGCGCGCGCCGUUAUUUUUUAUUUUCCUACACUGGUUGAAAAAAAAGUUUUAUUUUAAUACAGUA